AUGUUAACAGAAUGUCAACAGAAUGUUAACAGAACUGAUGUUGCAAAAUCUCUCUUCACUGAUAAGAUUGCACGUAAUUUAUUUCCUGAACCAAUCGGGCAAUCUUGCGGAACAGUUCAG